AUUCAAUCAAAGUAAUGGGGCUUAAUUUUCCUGAUGCUGAGUCCAUCCUAUUCAAAUUUGUCUAUGCUAAUGGCAUAGGAAAAGUUUUCAUAUGAUAUGGACCCCAAGAGAUGAGCGAGAACCUCCAAUUGCUUAGGGUUAGCACUGUGUCAUGCUUGGUGCACAAAAUCUUCUCUCCUUUUGGAAUUCUUUCUUCCACACACCUUUGCCCUCUUUCACCGAAGAGGAAAGAAGAAUCUUCCAAGUGGGCAGAGGCCUAAAUUUCCAUUAGAUUCAUUCCUAAGCUUACUUUAAUUGUUGCAGCAAUAUGAUCAGUCCGAGAGUACUUAGCCGUCUACAAAGAGAAAGGUAUUGGUACGAAGUCACGUCUGGUGUGGAUAUAGACUAGGCUAUAAAGAAUAGAGUCUUAAAUUAUGGACCGAAACUACACUAAGGAACAAGGAAGCUUGACUGAGCAAAGAAGUCUAGGAACCAAGCAGCUUCUCUAAUAGCACCGUUGAAUAGGAGGACGAAGGCUCUUUGAAAAAGGAAGAUAAAGAAAGGUAUUCAACCAUACCUUUGGGCCGGCAAUUUAAGUACGUGUUUCCAACUAAAACCUGAUCAAUCUGCUGCUGCUGAGAGAGAGAGAGAUGGGUGACACUGCUGUUGAUUUUUUCCUAGGGACCCUGAAGAAUCUUAUAAUGAGCUCCGACCUCGAUGUUAUCAUAGAUGAGAAACAUCAACUUCAAUCUCUUGCGGAGGAGAUAAAGUACUUGAGAGGGUUCCUCCAGAUUACGGAGAAGAAACGCAAGGAGCAUUCCGAAGUGAUGAAUUUAGUGAUGCGGAUUAGAGACGUGGUAUCUGAGGCAGAGAACAUCGUAGAACUAUUUGUCGUUCUUGUUUUCAAGGCUAAUCAUGCCUCUGAUUCUCUUCUUGAACAUCAAGAUCAUCUUUCCCUUGACCUUGAAAGUGUCAAAAAGGAGAUCAAGACUCUUAAGGCCAAGGUAAAGCAGAUUCUCGACGAGAAUAUGUAUGACAUCAAUGGAGUAGCAGUCAAAAAACUAAAGCACUCUUCUACCGGAAGUGGAGGAGGUUCAGGUUCAACAAUAGGGAGCAACACAUCCAUAGUAGUAGAAAAGAAGGCGGUGGUCGGUUUCAAGGAGGAGGUAGAGACAUUAAUGGGAAAGCUUCAUGACAUUGGAGAAGGUGGACGGCUAGAGAUUAUAUCAAUCAUUGGCGCUGGUGGAGGUGGCAAAACCACCUUGGCUAGAGAAGUGUAUGAUCAUCCUUUGACGUUGCAGAAGUUUGAAAUUCGUGCAUGGGUCAAUGUUUCUCAAGAUUAUGAUAAGACUAUGAAGAGGCAUUUGUUGAUUCGUAUUCUAGAAUCAGCUUUCCCAAAAAAAAAUGAAGAUUACAAGGAGAUUAGUGACGAUAAGUUGGGAGAAAAGGUAUACAAAUGCUUGCAGAAUAGAAAAUAUCUAAUUGUCAUGGAUGACGUUUGGGGUAUUGAAGCUUGGAAUGAUAUCCAAAGAUCAUUCCCCAGGGAAUGCAAGGGGAGUAAAGUUGUGUUCACUAGUCGACUACCCGUUCAAUCUGAUAGCAUCUGCUGCGUCCCUCAUUGUAUGGAUCCCUUAACAAAAAGUUGCAGUUGGGAGUUGCUAGAAAAGAAGGUAUUUGGGAUGAAACGCUGCCCACCGGAGUUGGUGGACAUCGGUAAGCAAAUUGCAGAAAAAUGUAAAGGAUUACCACUAGCGAUUGUCACAAUAGCUGGCAUUCUGGCAACUGAAGACAAGACACUCGACGUAUGGGAGGAAGUUGCCAAACAUUUAAGUUCGACCAUUGCCAAAAACCAGGAGGGCUGCAUGGAGAUACUAGAACUUAGUUACAAUCACUUGCCCCUUCAUUUACAAGCGUGUUUUCUUUAUAUUGGAGCACACCCUGAAGAUUAUGAAAUGCCCUCACGUGAGUUGAUAUGGUUAUGGAUUGCAGAGGGAUUUAUCCAGCAAAGUGAUGGGGGGAAAAGCUUGGAGGCCAUAGCAGAAGAUUACUUAAUCGGUCUUAUUGAUAGAAGUCUCGUAACGGUAGCUAGGAAUAGUAAAUCUGAUGGAGGAAUUAAAGCAUGCCAUAUCCAUGAUCUUCUGCGUGAAUUAUGCUUGAAAAAAGUAGAGGAAGAUAAUUUCUUUGUGAAAAUUUACGAGGGAGAUUAUUUUUCACCUUCUACUACAAAUAAGCAUCGUCGCCUCUUCAUUGGCCGUCAGUUCUUUGAUAAGUUUCCUCCAAGGCCUCUUGCUCGAAACCUUCGAUCUUUUCUGUACCUCUCCUCUCCAAACUCCUCACUUAAACAGAAUUUGUCAUUCUUUGUUGAAAACUUCGAACUUCUCAGGGUGUUGCAUUUAAUCUCCGCUACAAGCCUAGGAGAAAUAGGAAUAGGAGAUCUAGUUCAUUUGAGAUACUUAGCACUUACGUUAAGAGAAGAACAUAACCGUGCACUGAAUUCUUUUCACUUCCUCUGGAACCUAGAAAUCCUUAUCCUCCAAGUUCCAAACUACGACAAGAAUAUUUCAUUGCCUCGCCAUAUAGUUAAGAUGGUUAAGUUGAGGCAUCUAUAUACUAAAAGUGGGAUAUUCGAAUAUCAUCAUGUUUCUGAUGAUGAAGAAGAGGGGAAUAUGUUGGAUAGCUUACAGACCUUGCACCGAAUGUGUGCUUGUGAGCAUUGCCUACAUUUCUUGGAAAUGACUCCCAAUCUUAGGAAGCUAGGACUUUAUGGAGGAGAUGUGGAUUUUGAAGGGGAUGAUGUUUUGAUGCUCUGCGACCUAGAGUUCUUGAAAUGCCUCGAGACACUCUCUGUCGCUGCAUUGUUCGAUUACAAGCGCAUGGCAAGCAUUGGGCUGAAGCUUCCUCCGACUCUUACGCGGCUAAGUUUGUCAUCUACGUUCUUGGAGUGGGAGAAGCUGUCAAUAAUCCUUCAAACCCUGCCGAGCCUUGAGGUUCUCAAAUUAUUAGACGACGCCUGUAGGGGACCAGUUUGGGACACAAGUGAACUUGAGGAGGGGUUCUCUCAACUCAAGUACUUGAGGCUUGAAUAUCUGGAUAUCGAGGAGUGGAUUGCUUCCGAAGAUGAAUUUCCGAGACUUGAGGUCUUAGCAAUUCAAAUUUGCGACAAACUGAAGGGGAUCCCGAUUGAUUUUGCUAAUCUAAAUGAACUUCGUGAAAUUAAGGUACAGCAGUGCACUCGAUCUGCGGAGGAAUCGGCCAAGGAGAUUCAGGAAAAGCAAAGAAAUACAAAAGGAGAUGAUGAUUGCGUAAAUCUCGUUCUCAAAUAUAAUCCGAUAAAUGGGUGAUCAAGAGCAGUGGGGUGUGAUUGAGGUAAUGAAUUACAUGCUAUGAUGAUCCCUCAAAUGGACUCGAUUCUUUUCCAAGCCAGUUGGAUUACGCUUCUCAACAACAUAGAAACUAACCGUUAUACGAUCAACGGGAAGAGAAAAGGCAAUUGCAGUUUCAAGCUUUCUGCAUUCUUUUCUGACUGAUUGCUUCUCUGUGAGAAAGAAGGACUGGAGUCGAGUGUCCUAGUAGAGGUACUCUUUGGUAAGAGACCAUGCCAAAUAACUUGUAUAAGCCUUCAAAAUUAUCGGAACCUUGCUGUUUCUUUGGAACCCCACAUUUGAGUAAUUUUAUAGUCACCAUUAUUGUG